UCCUGUCCCGGCGAUCAAAUCUAGUCGAACGGUUCGAGUGAUCGGUGGUGGAACGAUUCGUAACGCGCUGAGGAAAUAGAGAGCGCUCUAGAAGGUGUUUUAGUGAAGGCGUUGACUUCUGGGCUGCAACUAAGCAAACAACUGCAACUGCCAAGUGCGCGUUCCAACAUUCCGCGAUCAUGAAGCAUUCGGUGGUGUUGUUGGUGUUGUGUAGUGCGCUUGUGCCAAACAUACAUUCUGCACCGCAACGGAGUAUUGAUUUUCUGCUGGGCGAUGAAGAGCUGCAAGCCGUUGUGAAACCUAUCGCCGGAGAUUUACCUUCCACCGUCACCGAACAAGAUCGAACGGAAGCGUAUAGCGAUGAGCAACAGGGCGAAGUGCAAGCAACAGUAGAUCCAAUUGAAAAUGAACAACAAACGGACGAACCUCAGCAGGUUCCACCAGUCACGGAAGAUUAUCCCGAAGAGGAACAAUUCACAGAGGAUCCUCAGGACGAUCCUCUGGAUCCGGUAACAGACGCUCCGAAGGAAGACGAGCAAAACACAACAAAAACCGAAGAUUCGACGUCGGUCACUCCUAGCACAACUACGUCUCCCUUACCGAAGGAAGUGACGACCUCCGGACCAAAAGCUUCCACACCGUCCACGAUCGAUUCAGAGGAAAAUAAUUCUUCCGAAGAGCAACUUACGACGAACCCUAUCGUAGUGCCCGAAAGUGGAGAACAGUCCACAACCGAGUCCAGCGAAGACUCGAACCAGCUCGCCCAGGACGUUAACGAUUUUAUCAACGAUCUAACAAAUGAGGUGCGGUCGAGUGCGAGCGAUAAGCCGGGUCGUCCACUGCCAGCACCAGAACCUAGCCCUCCCAAGUACUCCACAGUGCUGCCCACAACGUUACCGGAGCGAUACGAUUCCAAGUCGGUCGAAAGCAAUGAAGACGACGAUCAGGUACAGUUGAAAGUGAAUCCAAACCACGCACAGACCACCAACGGUCCGUCGCUUACUGAGGAUCAGUUCCGGUCGCUCUUUGAAAAGUUGCCCUGGAUUGGUCAACAGCGUUUCCCAGGCUACGAUCAAUGGCAACAUCAGGGUUUUCCGCAACGCUCCAGCUGGCAGCAUCGUGACGAUCGUCAACGGCACUAUCAAAGCCACGGUUCGGAUAGUUUUCAAGGUCACGGAUUUCACCGCAGCUCUUGGCAUUGACGCGUGCUCUCUGCGCUUUCUGCGCUGGCCUUUCGGGGACGGGGCGCCACCAGCGACAUCGGAAAUCCCGGUAUUCAGCCAAAUAGCAUACAGAACCGAUACGAACUAUGCAGCUGGGUUAGACUGUGAUGAUCAAAACUUAGGAACACGUCACUAAGGGCCACCGAUAAUGUAAUAAAUAGCAAAACAAUCGA